CAUUCUUACAUAUCUGGUCAUUGUCUAAAAACUAUAAGGUUGUGGUUGUUGGUUUCCGUGCCAAAAUUUCCAAUGCAACGUUCGGCACUAUACCAAGUUGCAUCAAAUACAUCUAUGUUUUUCGGAAAUCUUCAUAUUCAUCUUAAAUGCCCUUUUCUGAUCAUUCUACGAUCAAAUUUUACCAGCAAGGGAGAAUUAUAUAACAAAUGUUAUCAUAUCCUCGGAGUAACGGAGAAUUCCGAUCAGAACAUGGUGCGACAAGCGUAUAUCGCGUUAGUGAAAAAGUUACAUCCAGACAGUGGUCACCCGGAUGCUGAUGUGAAUAAGUUUCAAGAAGUGGAUGCGGCUUUCCGAAUUUUGCAACAAAAGUUUGCUAAAUCUCGCCGAGGAAUAGUCGAGAAUCUGCAAGAUAAGGUAAAAACCUUUGACAUACGGCAUACCGCUCCACAACACCGCCAGUAUCUCAGUUUCGAUGGAAUAGGAGUUGGAACGCCAGCGCAACGACAGAAACAAUAUCAGUCGGUUCGUGCGCAGCGAGCUCAGGAACGAGUGCUGGAACACCGGAUGUCGAAAGCACAAGCUUCUGAGAUGGCUCUCAUGAAGAAGGGAGACCAUUUUAAGAAGCAUGAAAUCAAAACCAAAUAUGGAUUUGACAGAGUUGUUGAGGAUUUAAUACAGGAAGCCAUGUCACGCGGCGAUUUUAGUAAUUUGUCUGGAUUUGGCAAACCUCUACCGGAUCAUCAAAGUCAGAAUCCGUAUGUAGAUUUUACUACUGCGAAGAUAAAUAAGAUAAUGUUAGAUAAUGGAUUUACGCCGGAAUGGAUCACACUGCACAAAGAAAUUCGUGAAGAUAUAGAAAGCCUAAAGAACUCAUUAUAUAAGGAACGAAGUAAGCUUGGCGAGAUUCCUUUAACUGGGCAAGACGAGUACAAAUGGGACAAAAUACUGAAAGAACACGAAAUAUUCGAACAAGGUGUAAAUAGAAAAAUCGAUAAAUUUAAUCUGAUAGUUCCGGUCUUAAAUAAACAGAUGGUUCGGUUUAACUUGGCAAAGAUUGGAAAACAAGUGCUUGAGACAGGAAAGCACAGGGAUCAACUACAGACAACAGAGGAAGAACUAACUUCUUCAACAAAUAAACCUACUGAAAAAGCUAACAUAUUUAGUUUGUUAGAAACGUUGUUAAAAUAA